UCUAACAUCAAUCGCGAGAAAGACGUAGUCCUAAAUUUGACAUUACCCUUAAAACGUUUGCUGAAUGAAUUUGAGGCAAUGACGUCAUUUUGUGAGGAUAAGUCCGUUUGUAGAAGGGUUCGAGUGUUGGAAUAUUUUGGAGAAAAUUUAUCAUCUGACCAAUGUGAUAAGACGUGUGACAAUUGUCGGAGAAAGUCAUAUAGCGAAUCAAAUAUUCGUCAACAGAAAAAUAAACCAAAAAUCAAGCCAUAUAGACUGAAAGGCAUCGAACAUUAUAGAAACGAAUGGACAAUGGACAUAAUGAGAUCAGCUUGGCUCCGCAAGGGAGCACUGAAAGCUUAG